UCCCAAAUCUUCUUUGGUUCCUUCACGCGAGAAUUCCAGCCUACCACCGCCUGUGGCAGCGGCCGCUAGGGCCAGGGCCUGAUGGCUAGGUUGUGCGCUGGACCCUGCGGCGCGGCGGAGCAUGGUGACCGGGAGCCGGCAGGAAGAGGCACCGGGCGUUUCUCCUCGGCCGCCGCAUAGGCCGCUAUCGAUGCCUCCCCGUUAUUUGCCUUUGAUCUUCCGUUUCUCGUUCUGGAUCUUGAUGAUUUUGUGUUUUUUGUUGGAUGAAUCUAGUCAUUGGGUGCUGUUGCUCGCAAGCUGCUGCCAUGGAAGAUCCCGGAGGAAGAUUGACGCCAGCGGAUGCCGAUCUUGUACAGAGCGAUCGAGGAUCCCGCCCCACAGCGCUGACCUGACGGCCUACCCUGCACCUGCCAGUAGCCUCAGUCACGUGGGCGUUACAGUUCGUCUCGCCCGUCUAUACCCAGGAGGCCAGGACGCCAAAUUUCCAAAUUUCCAGAAUUGGCGGCGGUGAGGGACUGGUGGCUGGACUGCGCGCUCGGCGCCGUGGAGCAUGGUGGCCGGAGCAGCAGAUGCGGGUUCCGCAGUGGUGAUGGCUGCAGCCAUGAGACGUUAGGGUGAUCUCGGUGGGAGAUUGAGGCCAGCGCGGAUGCUGAUCUUCUCUGGAGUCCCAUGAGUGUGUGAUGCAGCAAUGGGCAUUGCUGUGGAAUCUACAUUCUUCACUUUGCAGAUUGAGCAUAAUGGCAUUUUUUGUGGACCAAGUAGCAACCUGGAGUAUGCAAGUGCUAGUGUGGAGAUUCUGGAUUAUUGCUCUGCUGCUACUUUCUCAUAUUCAUUUAUUGAGAAGCAUCUGGAAUGGUUGAGCUAUCCUGUGUGGGAGCACCACAUCUAUUGGUGUAGGCCUGGGUGCCUAUUGUCAGAAGGACUGGUGCCAAUUAGAGGAGAUGUUGAUGUCCAGUACAUGAUCACAGCAAGUGCAGACCAUAAGGUGAUGGAGAUAUUGAUUGACCAUUCAUACUUUAUUCAGAUAUGCAGGCAUGAUGUCAUAUAUACAAUGCCCAGCUCAGUGUCCAGAUCAUUGGUUGAAAUUGUUCUCUCUGAGAAAGAAGCUAGUGGAAGUCAGCACAUGGAAGUUUCAGUUCAAGCAGCAGAGACAUCAAGUGCAAACUUGCAAAUUGCAGUUUCAGAGCAAGCAGAGAUAGUAGGAGAAUUGACAGAUUCAGACUUUAGUGAUAGUGAUUUCAGCAUUGAUGAGGGAGAUGAUGAUCUCUUUGAUGAGUACAUUGAUUUUUGUGUGGAUGAAGAGGAACCAGAAGAGAUAGAUGAUGAGCCUGAAUAUGUACUUGAGGAUGAGGACCUUGAUUUGUCAAGAGAAGAAGAAGAUAACCUGAAAUACAAGUUCAGUGCUUUCAAUGCAAAGGUGGACAUGGACUCUCCUAUAUUCACAGUAGGCAUGGUCUUUGCAGAUGUCAAGCAACUGAGGCAAGCUCUGAAUGCAUAUUCAAUAAGGAAUAGAGUUGAGAUCAAGAAGGUAAAGAAUGAAAAAACCAGAUUGGAGGCAGUGUGCAAGCCUGGUUGUCCAUGGCUUCAGAAAGCUGGAUUGGACAAUAGGAUAGGAGGCUUUGUGAUAAAGGUUUAUGCUGCAGUCCACAAGUGUCAUAAUCUUGUAACUUGUUGAUUUUGCUGAAUUUUGCACCUGAGGCAUCUUGUAUUCAGUUAGAACCAUUUUACUGAAUUUUGC